GUGGAGAGUGGAGUGGAGGCGGCUGCAGUGAGGAACAGGACGCCGACAGCCAGAGUCUGCAGCAGAUUUCAUCACUGGAGACAGAGUCGCGUGUUUUUCCUGUGGAUUAUAAUUUAUGUUUCCAACUUUCAGCUGCCUGAGAUUCUGCGCUUUACUGGAAUGCGCGCUGGGGCUUCACCUGGACGCGUGUGCGAAAGUAACAGAGCCAGUUUUUAAAGUGAAAAAUAUCAUCGAGUCCUUUGGAUUCCUGUCAGAAAUGAAAUGCGCCUCUUUUUAAUCCCACAGAGUUUUCCGGACCUCUCGUACAUUUACAGAGACUUUACGCAUUUUGGAGACUUUACGCAUUUACUGUAAUGGGUGAUGUAAACUGACAUUUUUUCACUAACAUAUAUGAUAUUUUUACCCAAGUGCACUUGUUUUCACGGCGAUGAUUGUGCUUUUGCUUGUCCUGUGCAUCGCGGAUGGAGUGCUCUGUCAGAUACGCUACUCUGUCCCGGAGGAGGCGGACCAUGGCACACUGGUGGGAAAUAUCGCCGAGGACCUGGGUCUGGACCUCACCAAGCUAGCCUCCCGGCGCUUCCAAGUGGUGCCGAACUCUCGGACACCCUAUCUGGAGGUGAACCUGGAGAACGGCGUCCUGUUCGUUAACGAGAAAAUCGACCGGGAGCAGAUUUGCAAGCAGAGCGCGAGCUGUCAGCUAAACAUGGAGGUGUUCUUGGAGAACCCAUUAGAACUAUUCCGGGUUGAAAUCGAGGUGGUGGACAUUAACGACAACCCACCCAGUUUCCCGGAGACCGAUAUCACGGUGGAGAUCUCAGAGAGCGCCACUCCGGGCACCCGCUUCCCCUUGGAGAGCGCGUUCGACCCGGACGUUGGCUCCAACGCUUUACGCACGUACGAUAUCACCACGAACAACUUCUUUUACCUGGACGUGCAGACCCAGACGGACGGGAACAAGUUCGCGGAGCUUGUGUUGGAGAAGCCGCUGGACCGGGAGCAACAGACGGCGCACAGGUACGUGCUAACCGCCGUGGACGGCGGUCAGCCUCCGCGGACUGGCACCGCGCUGCUGGUCGUCAAAGUGUUGGACUCUAACGACAACGUGCCCGUGUUUGAGCAGCCGGUGUACACGGUGAGCCUGUCGGAGAACGCGCCGCUGGGCACGCUCGUCAUACAGCUGAACGCCACCGACCUGGACGAGGGACUGAAUGGAGAAAUCGUUUAUUCAUUCAGCAACCACAUCUCCAGCCGCGUCAAAGACCUGUUCUCCAUAGACGCGCGCACCGGGCGCAUCGAGGUGCGCGGAGAGGUGGAUUUCGAGGAGAGCGGCCUCUAUCAAAUCUUUGUUCAGGCCAAAGAUCUGGGACCAAACGCCGUGCCCGCGCACUGCAAAGUCCUCGUCAAACUCAGCGACGUGAACGACAACGCACCGGAAAUCACUUUCAGCACUGUCACGGAGUCGGUGAGCGAGAAUGCGGCUCCCGGGACCGUGAUCGCGCUGCUGAGCGUCACGGACCGGGACGCAGAGGAGAACGGACAGGUGCACGUGGAGAUCCUCGGUGACGUCCCGUUUAAACUGAAAUCUUCCUUUAAAAAUUACUUCACUAUAGUCACCGACGGGCCGCUGAACCGCGAGCACGCGGACUCCUACUCCGUCACUGUGGUCGCGCGCGAUAAAGGCACGCCGUCACUGGCCACCAGUAAAUCCAUUCGAGUGCAGGUGUCCGACGAAAACGACAACGCGCCCACGUUCACACAGCCCGUAUAUGACGUGUACGUGACAGAAAACAACGUGCCAGGGGCGUACAUACACGCGGUGACGGCCCUGGACCCGGACAUCGGGCAGAAUGCCGUCAUCAGCUACUCCAUAGUAGAGUGUGACAUCCAGGGCAUGUCAGUCAAAACCUACGUGUCAAUCAACGAGGAGACGGGCUACCUCUACGCUCUCAGGUCGUUUGAUUAUGAGCAGCUGAAGGAGUUCACGUUCAUGGUCAAGGCCAAAGACGCAGGGACCCCUGAGCUCUCCUCCAACGCCACUGUCAAAGUCAUCAUCGUGGACCAGAAUGACAACGCCCCGCUAGUGCUGGCUCCCCUGGGGAAGAACGGCACAGCCAAGGAGCCGCUGCCUCGCUCUGCUGAGCCAGGCUAUCUGGUGACACGUGUGGUGGCCAUGGAUGCGGAUGAUGGAGAGAACGCUCGUCUGUCCUACAGCAUCCAGAGGGGAAACGAGAACGGCAUGUUCAGGAUGGACUGGAGGACAGGUGAACUCAGGACUGCGAGGCGGGUAUCGGUCAAGCGAGACCCCCAUCAGCAGUACGACCUGUUGAUUGAGGUGCGAGACCACGGCCAGCCGCCUCUGUCCUCUAGCGCCAGCGUGCUGGUGGUGCUGGUGGACAGUGUGGCUGAAGGCCGUGGCGGCGGGGAGAAAGGCGGGACCUCCAAGGCAAAGGACAGCACCCUGGACCUCACUCUCAUCCUCAUCAUCGCCCUGGGCUCCGUCUCCUUCAUCUUCCUCCUGGUUAUGAUCGUGCUGGCUGUGCGCUGUCAGAAGGACAAAAAGCUUAACAUCUAUACCUGCUUGACCAGCGACUGCUGUUUCGGCUGCAGCUCCUGCUGCUCGCGGCAGGGCAGGGCCCGCAAGAAAAAGCUCAGCAAGUCGGAUAUCAUGCUGGUGCAAAGUGCCGUUAACGUCAGCGGGGCUGGCACGGCUCAAGUCCCUGUGGAGGAAUCUGGGAGCUUUGGCUCCCACCACCAAAACCAGAACUAUUGCUACCAGGUAUGUCUCACUCCAGAGUCUGCCAAAACUGACCUCAUGUUCCUAAAGCCAUGUAGUCCUUCUAGGAGCACAGACACCGAUCACAACCCGUGUGGGGCCAUAGUGACAGGGUACACAGACCAGCAGCCUGACAUCAUAUCAAACGGCAGCAUUUUAUCAAAUGAGACCAAACACCAGCGAGCUGAACUCAGCUACUUGGUCGACAGGCCGAGACGUGUCAACAGUUCAGCCUUCCAGGAGGCCGACCUGGUCAGCUCCAAAGACAGCGGCCACGGAGACAGCGAGCAGGGAGACAGCGACCACGAUGCCACCAAUCGAGGCCAUUCGUCUGGCGCUGAUCUUUUCUCCAACUGCACAGACGAGUGUAAGGCUUUGGGCCACUCCGAUCGCUGCUGGAUGCCGAGCUUCGUGCCCUCUGACGGGCGCCAGGGUCCCGACUACAGGAGCAACCUCCAUGUGCCCGGCAUGGACUCGGUCCCCGACACAGAGGUAUUUGAAAGCCCAGAGCAAACGGCCGAUAGAUCAUUCUCCACCUUUGGCAAAGAGGCGCCUCUCAGUUACCAACAGCUGCACCAGCACCUCAGCCACCAGCACGGCUCCUUAGAGAGGAAAGAGUUGGAAGCAUUUCUGCCUAGCUCCAGAGCACCUUAUAACCCGGCUUAUUUAACGAGGAAAAGGCUUUGCUAGCUCCUUUCGCGUGGACGUACCAGAGACUGCGUGAGUUUGCACAAUUUCAUCGUGACGACCAAGGGUGUAAAGUUUUCAGCCCAUUUUGUCCUCCACUGCCCUCAUCCCUCCUCGCUCAGCAAAAACAAAAAAAGAAGAAAAUUUUACAUGACUGCAAACAAAGUGAAGAAGAAAGAAACAAAACACUCGGAGCGCUGCCGGGUUGGACAGAGACGUGGGGAGGCUGUGGGGGAGGAGCACAGGUGGAUGAAAAGCCUUACUGGAGAUGGCCGUCGUCUCAGCGGGACUGAGAAGCUCACAGACGAACGAUGGCGAGCCCCGUCACUGAUCCCUCCAUCUUUUUCCACUCUAUGUGUGCCUGUUUACAGCACUGAUGUAUACAUCUGUGAGGAUAAUGAAGCCAGAUGAAGACUGCAGAUGAACUAGGAAGGCAAACCCAACUGAGAGCCACCCAGAAAAACCACCACUCAGCCCUUUAGGCGUCGCAGAGACGCCGAGUUGUACAGGAGAAUUUGUGCAUUUCAGAUGCAAUACCACUGUUUUAGAUUUUUCUAUUCUUUUUGUGUGGUCAGGUCAAACUUUGUAAGAAAAGACUGUGGGCAGAUUUUCAGUUUUUUUAUUUAUUUUUUUAUUUAUGCGUUUGGUUUUGGUUCAGCAGCCACGCGGCGGCUCCAGUCCGGCCCACGUUGUUCUGAUGCGUCAAGUAGUUUCUGUCACGUGUGAGAAGUGUUUAUUGUACUCUUUUAAAAGUUUGACGCUGAAUAUAAGCCUCUCUAUAUAAAUCUAUCUAUAUCUUCUCGUUCUGAAGGUGUGCUGCUUGUCGGCUGGUUUCUGAUUCAGAGCUUUGAUCUGUUUGCUGCCCCUGAACAAGGUCGCCGCUGUUUCCACAGCCGGAGACGUAAAAGAGACAGAACAGCCUUAGCAGAUGUAAAACUCGACUUCUUAUUGUUUGACAUCAUUUCAUUAUUUUUUCCACUUCAAGGUAUUAAUAAAGAGCAUAUCUAUAAGUAAAA